AUGUAGGUUAAAUGUAUUUAAGCUGAUCAUAUUAAUCAGUAGAUAAUUGGAAUAUGUAUAGAUAACAAUUGCCAAUAUCAAAGGGCAUUUUGUGUUUUUUGUUUACCUAAUCAUGGUUAACAUCUUAACAACUUUAUUCCUAUAGAAGGUUUUGAUGAAUGGAUUUAACAACAAAUUCUCAUUCUUAAUCUUAAUGAUGUAUAAAAGAAUGUUUAAGAUUGCAAAUUAGUACUUGAUAGACUUAUAGCUAAAUUUAUUCCUUAUUUCAACAUUAAUGUAGAAUAAUUGGGAAUCACUUAGAUUGAUAAUAUAAUUAAGAGUUUAUGUUAAAUAAAAGUUUACUAGUAAUAAUUAUUUAAUUAACUCAAAUAAUCAAUAUAAUAAGUUAAAUUAAUUGUGGAUGAAAUAUUAAAAAACAACAAAACUUAAAUAAAAUAGAGAAUUAAUCAAUUUGAGUUAAUGAAUUAAAAUAUAAUUAACUAAGUUGAAUCUUGUAAAGCAAUUUCUUUUAAUAAGGAUUGCUCAAUCAUGAUAGCUGGAUGUAAAGAAAAAAUAAAAAUCUUUCUACAUUAAGAAGGGAUGCUUAAUUCAAUAUAAAUGUUAAGUGAGCAUACCAAAGAAGUAUUUACUUUAAAUUUCAUGAGAAAUAAUAAUAAUUUUGUAUCUGGAAGUGUAGAUUAAUCAAUUAUAAUAUGGUAAGUGAAUGAAAUUAAUUAUUAAUGGAAUUGUUAAUAAAAAUUGAAUGGACAUUAAAAUUGGAUACUUUGUUUAUUGAUAAAUAAUAAUGACGAUCUAAUUAUAUCAGGAGGUUGUGAUAGAACAAUUAAAUUUUGGGGGAAUUAGAAUUAAUGGUUGUGUUAAUAAACUAUAAUUAAUCAUACAAGUAAUGUAUGUUCACUAAGCUUAAAUGAAAAUUAAAAUAAAUUGAUUUCUUGUUCUGAUGAUUAAUAAAUAUUAGUAAUGGAGUAGGCAUAAUUGGAUAAAAAGUGGAAUGUUAUAUAAUAGAUAAAAGUAGAUUAGUAUGGAUUUAGAUUAUGUUUUAUAGAUGAUAAUUUAUUUACAUUCUAGCCUAAAUGUAAAGAUUAAAUGCAUGUUUAUAAAUUGGAUAGUAAUACUCACAAUUAUAGGAAGACUAAGGAAAUUGUUGUAAGGUGUGGUUCAGAUAGAUGUAGUAGGUUAUUUCCAUAAUAGUACUUAAAGUCAAAAUGUUUGUUGGUGAAUAAGAAUGGUAAUAAUAUUAAUAUAAUGACAAAAAAAGAAAAUGAUGACUUUGUGGUUGAAUAAUCUAUUGAAUUUAGUGAUGAAAGUAUUUAUGGAUAACUAAGUGAUAAUGGAGAGUAUUUGAUAACUUGGGAUAGUGGUUCAAAAGAAAUAUAAGUUAGAAAAUGCAAAGAAAAUUUAAGAUGA